AUGGAGACAGUGAUGAGCGAGGCGCCGCAGUCGUCUAUCAGGAAGAAGGAAUACGAGGCCAAGAUGGCCGAGAUAAAAAGAAGGCAAGAAAAGGAAUUUAUGGAGAGGAAGAAGAUCAAUGCAAAGUAUGCAGAGGAGAUGACUGAGAAACUUUUGAAUAAGUACUACCAGCAGGAAAGAGAGAUUCUCGAAAAGAAGGCAAGCAUGCAGAACGGAUUCUAUGUUCCUAAGGAGGCGGAGUUUUUUGUGGUUAUCCUGAUAAGAUCCAAGUGCAAGUGCUCGCCCAAGGUUAGAAAGGUCCUGGAGCUUUUCAGGCUGAAGAGGAUCAACAGCUGUGUGUUUGUCAGAAACAACAAGUCCACAAAGAAUAUGCUGCAUAUAAUCAAGGACUAUGUUGCAUUUGGGACAAUUGAGAUGGAGUUGCUGAGAGAGCUCAUGUACACAAGGGGAUCUGGCAGAAACGGAAUGUCCCGUGUCAAGCUCACAAACGAGUUUAUUGAGGAUAUGUUUGAUGGGAAGAUCAAGUGCAUUGAGGAGCUUGUGCACCACAUCUACAACGGAACCGAGAUGUUCAAGGAUGUCAAUAAUUUCCUAUAUCCAUUCCAUUUGUCUCCACCGCGUGGGGGAUUCAAAGGCCAGAAGUCCAGGAGCUUCAACGAUGGAGGCUCUACUGGAAAUCAUCAAGAUCUGCUAGGCGAUCUCCUCAGGAGGAUGAUUUAA